UGCCGAGUCCACGCGACUGCGGGAGGGGGGGGGCGUGAGUUUUGUAUCCAGACGGAGCCAGGUGUAAAUUAAUUACUGCUGGCAAGAUGAUUGAUCUACCUGAGACGAGGUUUUCUCAUCUGUAAAACGAGAAUAUUGAUAUGUACCACACGGGGUUGUUCUGAGGAUUACGUUUUUACAUACGUUUUGAAAAUAUGGACGUAAAGUUUUUACAUAUAGCACAGAACUUAUAGUUGAUACUAGCUGAUAAGGUGUUUGCAAGAUACUUUGUUGUUUUCAUUAGCUGUUUUGUUUAAUCUUCACAACAGCCUUUAUGUAACUGUUUUCUAUUCUGACAAAAAAAGAAAACUGAGGCUCAGAGGGUUCAAGUGAAAUGCACCAGGUCACACAGCCACGGUAGAUAUCCAGCCUAAAACCAGCAUUGUAUUCCUCACAGCACCUCCCGCGGGGCACAGGGAAAUAAUCCCAAAGUGUGUGGACUGAAUCUCACCUUGUGGUCAGCCUAGGUUCCUGUUCCUUUGCAAGUAGCAAUCUUUAUCCUGCUCAGAGUGAGCAGUCCUUCGCUAAUAUCACCACAUCCAGAAGACCUCACCAUGAUGGUGAAAGGUCUGGACCAAGUUUCAGGAAAGAUAGCUGUACAUACAGCCUUCUCUGUACUUUCCCAAAAGGAACAGAAAAAGAACAAGCCCCCGGGAUCAAUUUCAUUUGAGGAUGUGACUGUGAGCUUCACUCAGGAGGAGUGGGGUCAGCUGGACCCUGAUCAGAGGACCUUGUGCAGGGCAUUGCAUUACCAAACCAGAGGAGAUCUUCAAGUUAGAGCAAGAAGCACCAUGGAUAUUAGAGGAAGAAUUUGCAAGCCAUUAUUACCCAGAUGAAUUGAAAGUUGAUGGCAUGAUAAAGAGCAAAGAAAACCAAGACAGACAUUUAUGGCAGGCUGCAUUUAUGAAUAACAAAAAAGUCGUUACUGUGAAAGAGAAUGUAUUAAGAAAACCAUUUAAUUUUUGCAUGGACUCUCUUCCUUCCAGAAGAAUGCCCAGUAAAUAUAACCUAGGUGGAAUCAGUUUAGAAAAUAUAUCAGAGUUAACCAAUAAUAAUAGAAACUAUUCAGGAAAGAAAUCUGAUGAUACCAAUGGGUGUGAGAAAUUGAUUCCUGAAAUUAAUCAUGAGAAAACUCAUACUGGAGAGAAACUUAAUGAAUUUAAUAAAAAUGAGAGCACUUGCUAUCAUAAUGAGGAUUUUAUUCAGCAACAGGAGAGUCACAGUGUGGAGUAACUAUUUGAAUAUAAUGAACACAUUAAAGCCUUCCACGGUAAUGCCCUCUUCAUUACUCAAGAGGGAACUCACACAAGUGAGAAACUCUGUGAUUAUGGUGAA